CAGACUCGAAAAUCAUAUUCAAAUCUAUUUGUUUUGUGUAUUUCCAAGUUUAGUACCACUGUACCAGAAGAAAAAGAAUGAAGAAGCAGGCUUCUUUGGUUUGUUAGGAUUAACAUUCUCUUUCUUUUUGUUCUUCGUCGUUUCUUUUUUCUUCUACAAUAAACAUGUUUUGUUAGUGAAUGACAUAACCCAAAACCUUUUCUUACUAUUAGGCUUAGCUAAAGGGCAUGUGAACUAACUUAUAAACCUUUAUGAUGUUUUGAUGAGGCCAUAGAAAAUGAGGUUCCAAUUGUACUAUGAGGCGCAACGACCCAAUACGGAACUCGCGUCCUAAGAGAAGGACUCAACCAAGCCGUCCAAGCACUCAUGGUUUAAUUGAAGGUUAAAGAUCAAAAUGGCCAAACCAAAGAGGACCAAGACCAACCAUACAAUAUGCAAGAUGGUCCAAACAUUUAUUCUGCCAACUAUCAAAAGGAAGAUGGACUUACUAUGUUUGCCAUCUUCCCACAUAAGUGAAACGUGCACCUUGAGCCGAGCCAACACUCUACACUUCACCAUGUCCAGGUUCAAUCUUGGCUCCACCAAAAAGGCUAGUCAACCUUCCCCAAAUGUAAGACGCGUCUAAAGCAAGGCAAGGAAAUAUUUUCAGUACUUUGAUUACUUGACUAACCGGUUUUUCUUUUUGUUUACUUAGUUGUUUUGUCUAAGUUCAAUUCAAAUAAAAAAGCAUAUGUUUAGCCUCGUUUUAGGUUCCAUAAAUGGAGUCUUUUGUAUUGCAUUUGAUUCAGUUCCCUUUGAAGGUAAAACUGCAUUGGAUGAGUAUAUAAGUCCCAUAUGAGAAGUCUUGUAUUUUUACCAAGAAAUCAAUAAAGAAGAACCUUUUUGCCGGCUAAGCAAAGAAACAGUCUUUUGAGUGUUUGUGAGAAUCAAUACUUGAGAAUAACUCGACUUAUCAAAGUUCAAAUCCGUAGAACUUUGUGGCAUCCUUGUUGCACUCAACUUCGUCCAUUUCACCAUCGACCAAGCUUGAGAGAAUUAAACAACCAGCAAGCUUCAUUUCACCACCAUCCACCCGAUCAUCUUCUGCUCAUGUUGAGAGUGCCACACAUCCAGCAAUCUUGAUUAUCUCUCUCCUGAUCCUCGCUCUUUGGCCUUCGCCCAUCACAUCGCCUAUUGACCGUCCAACCACCAUCAUAUCAACCACCCAUUAUCCCUUCCACCAUUCUAUCAUAUUCAUCCUCAUUAUUCUUAUUUUUACUUUCUCUAUCAUCUCAUUCCUAUUUUUUUUCAGGUUUAUAUUGUUCGACCAACCUUCUUCCAACCUUUAACGACCACCAUUUGGUCGACUAGAAUAAAAACUUUGUUGACCCUAAGAUCGAACGAGAUUGCAUGCCUACAUCAGUUUGGUAUCAAAGCCAGAAGGCUUCUGAAACAGGUUGAUGUUGCAGUAAAAUCAGUCAUAACGACAUAAACAGCUAAAAUCAUUCAAAAAUGUAUUGUCUACGAGAAUGAACCGGAAAUGUUGAGAAAAUAAUUUUGCAUACACCAUGCCAGCUUAAACAAUGAUGAAUCAGAAUAAACUUUUUAUUCUUCUUCGUGGAAAGUUAAUAAAGCAUUUUCUAUGCAGACAAGAAUUAUUUGAAAAAACAUUCUCUCGAAAUGAUUUAACGAGAACAUAAGAAAACUAAACAGUGUUUUAUGAAAGUAAAUUUGGCAAGUUUAGUUAGGCUAACAAAAUUCGAACUCAUAAUAAUCUAGCGAGUUUAGCUUAGGCAAACCAAAUUAUUUAGACUGAACUGAUUUUGCUACAACAAUGCUCUGUUUUCUCUAGUGUUUAGUAUAUUUACUCUUUUUUCUGUUAAGUUUGGUAGAGGCUGAUCAAUUUGUCCCAUUUUAGGUGUGUCACCUUUGUAACAUUUUUUAUUGAUAAGUAAAUUACAUUUCAGCAAAAAAAAGAUUGAACUAAUCUUAUAAUGGUUCCAAUUAAAAUAGUUUUAGUUGAGCUAAUUUUCCAUCACACAUGUGAGCAAAUUUUUAUAAUCUAAUCUUACGUGGAAUUGAGUCAUAUUUGACUUAUCAAUACGUGUAUAUUUUUAAACCAAUCAAAUUAUAAUGUUUAUUUGUUCGUAUUCUCAAUUAAUAGUAUGAUUAUUAAUCAUUUUUGUUUCUGUUUUGUUUUUUUAAUUAAAAGUUUCUUAAAAAUAAGGAGAAGACCGCCCCACCUCUCUGCUGCGACCGCCCCACCUCUCUGCUGCAGUCUCGAAUUUCUCUUAUAGUUUUGGGCUAUUGGAUAGACCCAAUGUAGCCCAGAAAAAGAAGGAAAAACAUUUAAUUAACAGUUUAAUCAUCCUUGGACGAGCAUACACAAAAAGGCAAGGAUUUAAGUUAAUCUAAGACAUUAAACAACAAAUUAAUCUGAACAAUACUCAAAUCAAAUACUUACCCAUAAACUAAUGCGUAUCGCAUUCCCGCUUUUAUUUCGUCUGGUUUUCAGAGCUUCGCUUUCUUCCGAACCAAUCUGGGUUAAGGUUUUAAAUUCAUGGCUGGAACAUCGGACAAAGCAGGUAAGAACAGCAAAGGCGUGCGUUUGGCUACUGUGAAGGAUGAAUCCGCUUCUUCCUCCAAGGGAAACAGUUGUACGAAGAUAGAGUACGAGAUCCUCAAGGAGAAUCACGAGACUCUGAAGGUGGAUUACGAGAGUCUUCAGAAAAGGGUUAAGCUUGCAGAGGAGACAUAUGAGGUCAUGAAGAAGCUGCUUCAGAGCAAAGGUGAGGGACUGGAGGUGACCAAUGCCCGCUUGGUGGAGGAUUGUGCGAGGGAGAGAAGCGACAAGGAUAAGUAUAGGAAAAUGGAGAGUGAGAGAAAGGCCAAGAUGGAUGAGCUGAGGAAGAGAGAAGAGGAGCUUUUGAUGGCGACUAGGAAAGGGAAAGAAGAUUCCGCGGAACUGGAGAGCAAGUUUGUUGCAUUAGCUGAGAGAUUUUGCGUGGUUGAAGCAGAUUGCUCAUACUUGAAGUCGCUCUAUGAUGCUGAAGUUGCAGCUUCAGGGAACAAUAAUGCGAACAACGAUGCUACAGUGAUAAGUGAUCACAAUGAUCAAUGCAAGAAGCAAGAAAGAGCUGUCACUAAUCAUCAUUCACCGCCUUCCUCUGCUUCACCAUCAUCGUCAUCUUCAGAUGGCUAUGACGUUGUGUUUAAGCUUCCAGCUAAUUGGCCCGAGUGGGCAACCCCAAAAGGUCCCGGUGAUGAUUCCAGCAAGUCUUAGAAGAAUGCAGAGAACACAGAUUGAAAGCUAGCUAAGGGAAACUUCUUAUUACAUAAUACAAUCUCUCUUUCGAGGAACUAUUGUUAAAUUCGUAAGGAACUACAGGUGUUGACGCAUUUUGAAACUAAUCAAGAGAAAGCAAAAACGUUUUGGUGUCUAAUAGCCAACACUACUUGUCUUGAGUUUUCUUUUCUGCUGGAAUACAUGAAAACUAUUGUAAACCCAUACAUCAAUACAAAUUGCACUUGUUCUAUGUAAAUCACGUCGAAUAA